AUGAGUAAGUUUUCUUUCUUUUUUUAAUAUCUUUUUAAAAAUUGCAAGCACUUUCUUUACAAGAUAUACAUUAGCAAGAACUUUCUUUACAAAUCAAAAAAUAUCAAGAACUUUCUUUACAAGGCAUAGAUUCGCAAGAACUUUCUUUACAAAACAAAAAAUGGCAAGAUCUUUCUUUACAAAACAAAAAAUAGCAACAGCUAUCUUUACAAAACAAAAAAUGGCAAGAACUUUCUUUACAGAACAUCAAACUAGUAUCCAUCGUAUAACAUGUCCCCCGCAGCCUGCAGAACCUUAAAUUUUAAUUUUAUGGCUGAGGAACGGCAAGAACUUUCUUUAGAAAGCAUGAAAUGGCAAGAACUUUCUUUACAGAACAAAAAAUGGCAAGAACUUUCUUUACAAAACAAAACACGCAAGAACUUUCUUUACAAAGCAAAAAACGCAAGAACUUUCUUUACAAAUAAAAUUUUAUCAAAAAUGCCAUUUUUCAUAACCAAAAAUCAAAUUUAUUACUAAUUCUUUGCCAUUUUACUUGUUUCUUCGACACUAUGAAUAAUUGUAAACACAUUUCACAACAAGUAUAGGCUUUGCAAGAGAAUUGUGUUUGUUUCUAUGAAUCAUUUCGAAAAGAUCCUUUUCGUGGCUUUUAAAAGUUUUUUUUCACUAUUUAUUCAGCCGUUUUCUGGUUAUAAAACAUUUAUUUCGACGAGAGAUGGUGUAGAUUUUUGAUAUUUUAGUUGAGAAGACCAUUUUUCAUAUUACCCUUUAUUAUUUUUGUCAUUUUUGAGCUAAACUUGCUAAAAAAUGGCUAAAAAUCAGUAAAAAUGAGGACUUUUAGCGCGCGUCCAAAAGAAUUGAACUAUUUUUAAUGUAGUUACAUAGGAAAAAAAGACCAAUUCUUUUUGACGCGCUGGGAAUAUUAACGUAAGGACAAGUGUGAUUUUUAUAUGGCUAUGGGUAGGCAUGGGAUGUGACUUUCUAUGGCUAUGGGUAGGCAUGGGGUGGUGUUAGUUCAGGCCAAAGACACUAUUAGUUUAGCUAGGCUAGCACGAAGGUCAGGGUCAAUCUGAAGCUUGGUUUUGAUGAAGUAGGGCUUUCUUAGGCUUAUCAUAGUAAGGGUAGACAGAUCAGGACAAGACAGAUCAGAGUAAGGAACGGUAAGGCAGGGGAAUGAUAAAAUUAUGGCAGGGCAGAUUAAAUAAGAGCAGGGUAGGGUGGUUUGGGUAGGGUACGGUAAAGUUGAUGGGUAGGGUAGGGUAGGGUAGGGUAGGGCCAUAUUUAUUUUUUUUCUGUUUUUACUUUUUCCCUUAUCAGUGCACGCAAAAUGUUGUUUUUGAACGUUUUGUGCUAUAAACCUGUUAUUUAUGGAAAAUUCCAAUCAAAAACGUUCUUUUAAGGAAGCUACUAAAGUACUUGUUUUUAACAACAUAAAAUACUGAUAACAUGCAACUUUUUAUUUAUUCACAAAUUUUGGCGUUUGCUAAACUUUGGAAUGAUGAAAUGCUGAGCGGAAUCGAACUUUUUUUGAUUUCUGACAUUUUCAAAUUGAUGCAACUUUUUUGUAAGUUGCGAUAGGGGUCUAAAACUUUUGGUAUGUCUACAACCGUUUGUGUUUUUUAAUGUUCUGUAUUUUGGAUUUUGAUGUUUUACAAAAAAUUUUUGAAAAUUUUGAAAAAAACUCACAGGGGGGGGAACCAAACUGAAUUUUUCAAAAAAAUUUUUUUUAGUUUUUUUUAUUUGACAAGUUUAAAUAGGUCUGUUUGUUAUAAAAAUCAAGUUUUAAUAUUACUUUUCAAUUAUUAAAAUCCAACUUUUUAAAAAUAAAAAAUUUUUUGUUUCAAAAAGUUUCACAGGGGGGGGACCAAGCUAAAUUUUUUGAAAAUUUUUUCAAAAUUUUAAAAUUUAUUUUUUAAAAAUAAUAUUUUUAGAUGUUUUCUACCCCAAAUGGGGAAUUCCCCUCCACAAACUCGUGUUGUUUUCAUAAAACACUCAAAAGCAGUGAUAAGACAUGGCUUUUAAAGACCGUCGCUGACUAAACAAAUUUCGCUUGAGAAACAGUUUAUUUCGAUGAAAUUUCCCGAAAUUUUUUGAAAACCUGCCAAAUUUGAAUAAUUUUGUUUGUGUUUUUCAGAAAUCGUGCUCAUUUUCAACAUCUUGACUAUCAGCUGUCUCGCCGCUCCUGUCAACAUUACGGAAGGUAGGUGGGGUAUAUAAAGGAUGACAUUUAAAGGAAGGGGAGGUUUGUAGUUGUUAGUUAAGAUUAGAUUGGAAGAAUGCUGAUCACUAGAGGUAAAUUUACAUUGUCUUUUAUAUUUUUAGUUUAAAAAAGAUUGUCAGUGGCAGUAACUUUUAGAAAAUUUGAGUUAAAGUUGUAGGUAUAGGCAAAAACUAGGUUUUUGCCAUUCUUUUUUGUAUAUCUUUUUGGAAAACAUACCUAAAAAGCUAAAAGUUGGUGUCAUUAUAGUUAGUUCAUUUUGUCAACGAACUGCAUUUAGAAGAUUGAUAAAUUUACAGUAGCCUAAAAGCUACAGUAACUUACUCGAAAAUCAUAUUUUUUCCAAAAAUCAAAAAAAAAUUUAAGUCGAUAAAGAAUUUCAAAAACAAUACUAAAUUGUAUGAAAUAGUAAAGUUUCAUGUUGAUAUGCAAAGUUAUGGCAAAGUUACAUUCAAUUGAAAAUGACAAAAAUCCAAAAAAGUUCGAUUCCGCUUGGAAACGGGCUAGGUUUUUCGCAUUUUUUGGAUGUUUUGACUGAUUUUUUUUGACAAACCUUGAUGGUAUAGAUUUAAAAAUGUCAUUAAAAUGGAAAAAAGGUUGAAUUUUGAUUUCAAUUUUGUUUAAAAUUUCAAAAAUUGAAUAAAUUGAGCUCUUUUGGUUUUACGACAUGUUUAAUUCAAUCUAACUCUGUUAUGAAUCGAGUACCCUGUCCUAUUUACCUUACCUUUUUAUACCUUAUCUUACCAUACUUUACCUUAUCCUACCUUAUUUGGUUAAUCUUUGACAUUUUUCGAUAAAAUACAAAACUCAAGUGUUCGUUUGGUUUUGUUUUCUAAUUUUGGACGCAAAUAUUUGCUCUUUAUCAGUCACAUCCUUCCAGAACGUCAGUUUUUGGGCAUAAAGGGCUGUUUUUAAACUGACAAUUUUGAUUUUUUAAUGUUUUCUUGAUAGGCAGAACUUAAAAAUUGGUUAUGAAUAGCCCUUACCCUACCUUACCCUACCCUACCCUACCCUACCCUACCCUACCCUACCCUACCCUACCCUACCCUACCCUACCCUUCCCUACCCUACCUUACCCUACCUUACCCUACCCUACCCUACCCUACUCUACCCUACCCUUACUUCUACCCCUACUCCUAAUUUCUACCUCUCCCCCUUUUUUCUACCCUUACAAUUACCCCUUCAUUUUUAGACACUACGAUGCCGUUUAACACUCGCCACCCAGGCCUCAUCCUAGGCCCUGGCCCUCAAACUGGCAGUGGUACUUCAGCGGGCGGAUAUUAUUUCUUUGAAAACUUUUUGAAAGGUACCUACUAUAUUAGGAAAGGAGAUGUGUUUACUGAGGACGACGAAAAGAACGAGCCAAAGAGUUUGGACCCCAAGACUUAUGAAGGACCAGCGGUGUUCUAUGCUUAUCACGAUAAGGAUGACAAAAAGGUAAGACUCUACCCUGCUCAACCGUCCGCGGCUAAAUUUUUUUAAUUUGAUGGUAGUUAACUAGAUUAUUUUGUUGAGUUUUACGUUCGUAACUCAAUUUUAAGCCUAAGAAUUAAUUUUAAGCCUAAAAAUCAAUUUUAAGUCUUAAAAAUAAAUUUUAAGCUUAAAAAGCCUAAUUUGAUGGUAGUUAACUAGGUUAUUUUGUUGAGUUUUACGUUCGUAUCUCAGUUUUAAGCCUAAGAAUUAAUUUUAAGCCUAAAAGUUAAAUUGAAGCUUAAAAAAUAAAUUUUAAGCCUAAGAACUAAUUUUAAGCCUACGAACUACCUUAAGCCUAAAAACUGAAAUUUAAUUUUAAAAAAAGUCUAAUUUAAGCCUAAAAUUUGUUUAGGCUUGCAAAAAGUCUAAAAAUGUUUAAAAGAUUUGCUAAAACAAAACAUUUUUUUCAGAUCCACAUGGUCGAUUACCUGAAAAAGACGGUCGAAGUAAUCGAACCCGAACACAACACUCGAGGCUUCAUUUUCGCCGCCGUUGAACCAUAUGUACCAUUCAAAGUGGGAGAGCUGAGAGCCAAAGAAGAAGCCGAAAGAAAAGCCAAACAAAGCCCAAAAGAAUAA